GCCGCCAUGUUGUCCCCUCCUCUAUCGACCGCCUUGUCCCCUCCCUCUCUCAGUCUUUUUUACCUCACUUGUCCGACGCGGCGGUGAAGUGCAGACCCAGAAUUUGCUUUUCUGUGGGGGGGAAAGGCAGACGUCAUUCUAGCCACCCAAGGAGCGUUCGUUCAGAGAACACUUUGACUGAGAACCGAGACAUUUCAUCGGCCUUACGUCGUCGCUAUACAAGCUCAGUAUGGAUCCAAUGACUCAGUCCGCCCAGAUAUCAUCGUCACAAGGCUUCGCAGAUGGACAAAAUUCUGCUUCGAAAGAAUCAAAGCCAACCGAUUCCUUUCUUUCCUCUUCGCCCGUAUCUCUCAUUCAGUCUUCACAAGACAAAAAGCUGGCGCUGGGUUCCAACAAGCCCUGUCAAGGGGUAGCGACAUCCCUGCGCUUUUCUUCCCAACCUACUUCUUUUUCCCCCGAUAAUCACGGAAGUGACGCACAGCCAGAGUCUCCAAUAAAGAUGUCCCCUGUUUCGGAACGCAUCAAAGCUCUGGAAGCUCUUGCGGCCAAAAAGGAGACAGAUUUUCGAAGCAAUGGUUCCUCGCACUUUAAAGAUCGGCACCAUGACAAAUCUCCCUCUGACACUGCUGGGUUUCAGAAGUUCUGCACAGAGAGAAAUGUACCAGUUGUCCAAGCGAAAAGAGGCUCUACUGAUCAGGAUUCACCAGAAUCCCCUUUUGAGGUUCUUGGAGACUUAAGACGAGUGAAUGAAUUUGAAGAAACAGAAGCGUGGAUGAAGGCUCAUGUUCCGCCAGUGCCAGACUUGGAUGUUGUAGGAUUGGUUAAAGGCACCAUCUCUUCAGAUUCGAAGUCAAGUGACAGUCCUGAUUGCCUUCCUCCUUUUGCUUGUGUCCCUGAUCCUUUCAUGGACUCUCCAAGUGGUCAACAACAGAAGGAAGAUUUCACAGGUGAUCCACAGAAACAGACAAGUGUUGACGAGCCAGACUUUGACCUUAACUUUCUACCAACCGCUUACAUGUGGGUUCAACAGGACCAGUCAGAGGUCCAAGAGCCAUCAAGGCAGGAGUCAAUGCUUCCAGAUAGCCCCGAAGCCAAUCCAGAUGCUGUGAUUGACAAGAGGUCCACUUGGGCUGAAGAUCUGGAUCCAGCCGAAGCCAGGGAUGUGGACAGCUCAGGAGAGUCUGAUGAAACUGUUAUUGAAGAUGGCUUCAACUCUGUUACUCCCCCUCCAAAAUCUGAUUUUCAAUCCAAUGACACCACCUGUCCUGAAACCUCACCCCCUACAGAGGAAAUGGUCAUGCCCCCUGCAAGAUCAGAGAGAAAACUGAUGCAGGUUCCCACAAUCAAUGUGAUUGAAACAGAGGAACCAAACUGCAGCGAUGAUGAGAUGGAAUUUGAGGCAGAGGAAGAAGACUACGAGGUUGUCAAUCAGGGUCCAAAAACUGCAGAACCAAUUCAAGAGGACCACAAUGAAGUACCUACCAGAAGGCCCCUUGAAACAGAAUUCAUGGAAGGCUAUUCUCCUCCUUCCUCACCUGUAGACUCAGAAGAUGAAUAUUCUCCCAAACAAAACAUAGUCAAAUCUCCUCCUGAUAUCAUCCAUGAGGAACCAAAUCCUGAAAAAUCAAAGACUAUCGCCACAUCUUCUUCAGAUGUACACAAAGUUGUGGAUUUACCUGACAAAGAUGAGUGGUCAAUUGAAGCAAAACAAAGCUUGACUGAAGAAGACCGAACUGAUUUUACUGGCCAGGAAAACCUCAACAACAAGACAUUGGCUAGCUUCUCCAAAAGCUUCAUGCGAGAUGAUACGUACGACGGCCAAUCCUUUGACUAUGAGCCGUUGUCUCCCUUCUGUGAGGUCGAGAUAACGCCAAAAGGUGCAAAAGAUCGCUUUCUGGCUGACUCUUCUGAAGUUGAUUCUGAAACCCAGGAUGCAUCACAUCAUGAUGAUGAGACAAACAAGUCAACCAGCCAUCGCUUUUCGAAUAAUACCGCACGUGUCACAGACAACUGUGAAAGGCCCACUGAAGUGCAGCCGCAUUCGAAAGUAACCGACCGAUCGCUUUCCGAGCCCGUCGAUAGCUUUGUGGAGUUCAUGCGAGAAUGCCUCAAAUCAAAGGAGGGUGAAGAACCAGCCGACAAUCGAGGUGUUCCUUCUGAGGAAGACUAUGUUCCGCGAUCCCCUCCCACAAUGGUGAUGGAUUUUGAACAGGAACAACUCACCAUCAGUGCUCUCAAACAGUUGGGCUACAGUCAAGAGGAAGACGACCACGCUGCACUCUCCCAACAAUCUAGCGUUACCCCAGUCGCUAAUGCUCCACAUACCCAAAGCAACACACUCGGCUUUGACGGCACGUACUCAGAGGAGGUUGAAGCCAUCGACAUAUGGGUUGCAGAAGCCUAUCAUCUUGCAGAGCAUGUCUUGACAGCAAUACUAACCCACGUAUCAGUCAAGGAUCUGAUUCACUGGCGGGACCCUAAGAAGUCGGGCUUGGUGUUCGGCCUGUCCAUGCUGCUGCUGCUGUCGCUGGCCGCCUUCAGCGUCAUCAGCGUGGUGUCCUACCUGCUCCUGGCGCUCCUCUGUGUCACCAUCACCUUCCGCAUCUACAAAUCUGUUGUCCAGGCCGUGCAGAAGUCCAGCGAGGGCCACCCCUUCAAAUCGCUCAUAGAUAAGGAUGUCAGCAUCCCCCCAGAGACUUUCCGCAAGCAGGUUGACGUCAGCCUGACCUACAUCAACCGAGCCCUGAAGCAGAUGAGCCGCCUCUUCCUGGUGGAGGACCUCGUGGACUCCCUAAAGCUGGCUGUGGUUAUGUGGCUGCUGACCUACGUUGGAGCCGUCUUCAACGGCAUCACCAUCCUCAUCCUCGCUGACAUCUUGCUCUUCGCUGUGCCGCCCAUCUACGAGAAGAACAAGACCCAAAUUGAUCAGUACAUCGACCUGGCACGUACCCAGAUCAACACCACCAUCGCCAAGUUGCAAGAGAAACUCCCCGGCGCCGUGAAGCGCAGCAAAACUGAAUGAUCGACCCCUGUUAAAAGAAAGUCAUCACCAUAGACUUCCUACCCCUCCACUCCCCUACUCAAUCUACCCACCCCAACCCCCCUCCGCUCCCAUCACCCAACUUCAACCAAUCACCAUCUGUCUACACUGAACGUUAAUCGCUAGAAACAUCUGAGCUCCUCGAUAUUAAAUGCCAAACUACUGCGCAGCUUCACUCGCAAGCAUUCAAAAAGAAGUAUGCCAGUGAGGAACGUGUCACCACGCCCACCCCCCCAUCCCCUCACCCCCUCCCUGUGGACAUGGCCACGAUAGAGGGUGGGCAAACGGAGGCGCGAGGGUCGAGUGAACUAGACUGAAUCUAUGACCUGGUUUCAAGGGUGCAUGUUUGCGGCGCUUCAAAGCAAAUGUCUGUACUAAAAAAAAAAACAUCCAAUUUCCUAUGGAGGCUCGGCUCAUCAUGUAAGACGGAAAAAAGGAACAAUGUUUAUAGAAAGAAAA